CUGAACUGCGUCACGCUGGGCAUGUACAGGCCGUGCAUCGACGACCCCUGCACUACCAACCGCUGCAAGAUACUGCAGAUAUUCGACGAUUUUAUAUUCGCCUUCUUCGCGCUGGAGAUGUCUGUGAAGAUGAUUGCGAUGGGGGCCUAUGGGAAGGGGACGUACCUCGCCGAUCCCUGGAACUGGCUGGACUUUUUCAUCGUCAUCGCUGGGGCACUGGAGUACUGCCUGAACGUGGAGAACAUGAACCUGUCCGCCAUCCGAACCAUCCGCGUGCUGCGGCCUCUGCGUGCUAUCAACAGGAUACCAAGCAUGCGCAUCCUGGUGAUGCUGCUGCUGGACACGCUGCCGAUGUUGGGGAACGUGCUGCUGCUGUGCUUCUUCGUCUUCUUCAUCUUCGGCAUCGUGGGCGUGCAGCUGUGGCAGGGCAUCCUGCGCCAGCGCUGCUUCCCCAAGACUCCGCCGAACGUCACGCUGCCCAAGGCUGUGGCGCAGUACUACCACAGCGUGGACCAGGAGCGCGACUACAUCUGCUCGACGCCCAAGGACUCGGGCAUGCACCUCUGCCGGGACCUGCCGCCGCUCGUGCUCGACAGCGGACUGGUCUGCAACGCGACGGCGCUGCCCAACAGCCCCAACGAGCCCACCAACGCCUCCUGCGUCAACUGGAACCAGUACUACACCGAGUGCCUGCCCUCGCCCUACAACCCCUUCCAGGGCACCAUCUCCUUCGACAACAUCGGCCUCGCCUGGGUCGCCAUCUUCCUCGUCAUCAGUCUCGAAGGCUGGACGGAUAUUAUGUAUUAUGUACAGGAUGCCCAUUCGUUUUGGGACUGGAUAUAUUUCGUAUUGCUCAUUGUGAUCGGAUCGUUCUUCAUGAUCAACCUGUGCCUGGUCGUCAUCGCGACGCAGUUCUCGGAGACGAAGAAGCGCGAGAUGGAGCGCAUGCGCCUGGAGCGGGAGCGCUUCCGGUCCAGCAGCACGCUCGCCUCCAGCACCAACAACUCCGAGCCCACAUCCUGCUAUGCAGAGAUCGUCAAGUACGUGGCGCACCUGUGGCGGCGCGGCAAGCGGCGUCUGAUGAAGAAGUGGCGGGUUUGGCGCUACCGCCGGCAACAGCGCCGCCAGGCCAAGGCAGGCGCCAUCUCCCUGCAGCACUGCGGCAACAACGGCGCCGGCAUGCUGCGAGCCCACGCGCACCACCACCACCACCACCACCACCACCACAGAGAGACGGUAGUAGUGAGUGUGGAGCGUUCCCCUGAGCCGAGCGCGGCCCGUGCACCGCAGGCGACGCCGGGCCUGCUGUCGCCGCCGGGCGGCCCGCGGCGGCGCUCCAGCGUCAUGUUCAGCGAGGUGGUGCUGCUGCACGGCGGCGCCGGCGCCGAAACAAACAACAUGGAAGUUAUUCGUGAAGUGAGUGUCAGUGUUGUGACGUUGUUGUGGCAGUGCCCGCUGUCGGAGAGCGCGUGCGGCGCCGCGUCCGAGGCGAUGACGUGCCAGGAGCUGCUGGCGCUCUCCGGCGCUCUCAGCGCAGCCCUGCCCACAGGACAGCUCGCGCUCGACUCCUUCUUCUCGUCGCUCAGCAAGGGACCAGGAGGCGGCGAGCCGCUGUGCUGCCAGGAUGCGGGGUGCUGGGAGCUGGAGCUGGAGUCGGGGCUGUCGGAGGGCACGUGCUGCGCCGAGCAGCCGUGGGCGGCCAUGCUGGAGGACAAGCGCUGGAGGCACGCCCUCGCCUGCUGCACCGGCUGCCUGCGCUGGGUGCGCCGCGGCGUGCGCUCCCUCGUCACGCACAAGUACUUCCAGCAGGGCAUCCUCUUCGCCAUCCUCAUCAACACGCUCAGCAUGGGCAUCGAGUACCACGACCAGCCCGAAGAACUGACCGUGACGGUGGAGAUCAGUAACAUCGUGUUCUCCGCCAUUUUCGCAGUCGAGAUGAUGCUCAAGAUAAUCGCUGAAGGGCCGUUCGGCUACAUCAGCAACGGCUUCAACGUCUUCGACGGAGUAAUCGUGGUACUCAGCGUGAUCGAGAUGUGCCAGACGUACCUGGGAGAGGGUGAGGGCAGCUCGGGACUGAGCGUGCUGCGCACCUUCCGGCUGCUGCGCAUCCUCAAGCUGGUGCGCUUCAUGCCCAACCUUCGCCGCCAGCUGUUCGUCAUGCUGCGCACCAUGGACAACGUCGCCGUCUUCUUCUCGCUGCUCAUCCUCUUCAUCUUCAUCUUCAGUAUACUUGGAAUGAACCUGUUCGGUUGCAAAUUCUGCAAUAAGGCCGACAACGGAGAGACAGAUGAAUGCGACAGAAAGAAUUUCGAUUCCUUGCUCUGGGCAAUUGUGACGGUGUUUCAGAUCCUGACGCAGGAAGAUUGGAACGUGGUGUUGUUCAACGGCAUGGAGAAGACGACGCACUGGGCAGCCCUGUACUUCGUGGCUCUUAUGACGUUCGGCAACUACGUGCUCUUCAACCUGCUGGUUGCCAUCCUCGUCGAGGGCUUCUCCGCAGAGCGCAACGAACGGCGGGAGCGCGAGCAGCGGGAGCUGGCCAAGCAGCAGCAGCUGAAGAACGAGCAGAUGCACCGCGAGGCGCAGCUGGCCGCCUCCAGCUACGAGUGCUCGCGCACCGACUCCAGCUCAGACACCACAGACUCCUACUUCGCCACCCAGGGCAUGACGAACGAGUGGCGCAGCGCGGAGGAGCUGAGGAAGUCGAAGCACAACGGCCACCGCGAGAAGGAGAACAGCUGCCACCGGCGCCGACACCUGCUGCAUGACUGCGAGCCCAAGUGCAACAUCCAGAAAGAGAGCAAGAUGCUGUCGCAGCCGCCCAUCAUCACGCACACGGCGGCGACGCCCCAGGACUCGCCCAACACGACGAUGGACCCGGGCAUGCGCGACUGCCGUCUGGCGCCGGUGCUCGCCCUGCACGGCUCUUCCAUGUCGCUCGAGUCCAUCGAUCGCUCUCUGACAUCCGAGCAAAGUGUGCCUGGCCUGCUGAAGCCACCCAACACCAAGUUCAGCGGCAACGGCGCCAGCGGUCCCGGCGGCAGCAGCUACAACAACCACGGCAACAACCACAACAACAACAACGGCCACCAGCUGCAUCAGGGCCGGCGCGUCAGCUUGGUGGCCAUCGUCAGCUCCCGGCGGGAGUCAACGGCUUCCAGCACCAGUGGGAGCCGCGGCUGCCCCUGGAAGCUGUCCCGGCCGUCGCUGCGGAGGAGGGCGUCGCGACGCUCCUCUGAUGCCGACGACGCGUCCGCCGAAGCAGACGCCGACGCCGCACCGCCCGUCCUGAACAAUGGCCUCAACAACCACAACCACCUGGCCAGCCCCACUGACAGGACGAGCCAUCGGAGCUGCAGCCAGUGCGGGGAGCACGCACACGCUCACUGCAACGGCGGGCUGGUGGGCAGCAUCCGCAACGACACGGGUAGCGGGGGCGGCGGGGGCGGCGGCGGCAACGGCGCGAGCAGACAGCUCAGCCCGCAGGGCUCGCUGCGGGGACACGCCUCCUACUGCCCGCUGCCGCAGGCGUCGCUCGUCUCCUGCAGGGCCGACGACGAGCUGCCGCAGCCCAAGUGCGUCAACGCCCUCGUCGCCAGGGGGAUGGCUGAGGGCUCGCCACUGCCUCGGACGUCGCCCCACGGCUCGCUCAGCUCGGGCUCCGCCGAAGGCGCGACGCCCACACCGCCAGAGGCCAUCAAGAAAAUCUUCAUGUUCUUCGAGCCCCGUGGCUGCCUGAAAGAGCGCGACGACUAUUCGCUCUACAUGUUCCCUCCGCGCAACAGAUUCCGGUUGCUCUGUUGCUGGUUCGUGGAGCAGAAGUGGUUUGACAACGUGGUGUUGCUCUUCAUUGGGCUCAACUGCAUCACGCUGGCCAUGGAGCGGCCCAACAUCCCUCCAGACAGUCCAGAGCGUUUGUUCCUCUCCACCGCCAACUAUGUGUUCACCGCCGUCUUUGCUAUUGAAAUGUUUGUCAAGGUUAUUGCUACAGGUAUGAUUUAUGGCCGAGAUGCAUACUUCACGUCUGGUUGGAACAUUAUGGAUGGUUCACUUGUUAUAAUAUCAAUCAUAGAUCUAUUGAUGUCACUCGUCUCUGAAUCCAGUCCUCGCAUCUUUGGCAUUCUCCGUGUUUUUCGGCUGCUGCGUUCCCUUCGCCCGUUGCGUGUUAUCAACCGUGCCCCAGGACUUAAACUUGUUGUACAAACACUUUUGUCUUCACUACGUCCCAUUGGAAAUAUUGUGCUUAUAUGCUGCACAUUCUUCAUUAUUUUUGGUAUUUUAGGAGUGCAGUUAUUUAAAGGUACAUUUUACUACUGUGAGGGGGCGGAUAUAAAGAAUGUUCGCAACAAAACAGACUGCCUGAAGGACAAAAACAAUAGAUGGGUUAACCGUAAAUACAAUUUUGAUGACUUGGGAAAGGCACUCAUGUCUCUGUUUGUCCUCUCAUCAAGAGAUGGAUGGGUAAACAUCAUGUACACUGGUCUUGAUGCUGUGGGAGUAGAUCAACAACCAAUUGAAAACUAUUCAGAAUGGCGACUACUCUAUUUCAUCGCAUUUAUCUUGCUUGUUGGAUUCUUUGUCCUUAACAUGUUUGUUGGUGUUGUGGUGGAAAACUUCCAUAGAUGUAGAGAAGAGCAAGAGAAAGAAGAGCGUGUUAGGAGAGCAGCUAAAAGAGCAAAACAAAUGGAGAAGAAAAGGAGAAAGAUGCAUGAGCCACCAUAUUACACUAACUACACACAUUCACGGCUGAUGAUUCACAAUGUUGUGACAUCUAAAUAUUUUGACUUGGCUAUUGCUGCAGUAAUUGGCCUGAAUGUGGUAACUAUGGCUUUGGAAUUCUACAAGAUGCCUAAGCCCUUGGAGUAUGCAUUAAAAAUUUUCAAUUAUUUCUUCACGGCUGUGUUCAUUUUGGAAGCUGUUAUGAAACUUGUAGCUCUGGGUUUCCUAUUGUAUUUUAAAGAUAGGUGGAAUCAGCUGGAUGUUAUUAUAGUAAUAUUAUCCAUUGUUGGAAUUGUGCUAGAAGAAGUUGAAUCAAAAUUUAUUCCUAUAAAUCCAACAAUUAUAAGAGUGAUGAGGGUCCUCAGGAUAGCAAGAGUGCUCAAACUGCUAAAGAUGGCUAAAGGAAUACGGGCCCUGCUAGACACAGUAAUGCAGGCUCUACCACAGGUUGGGAACCUAGGGCUGUUAUUUUUCUUGCUGUUCUUCAUUUUUGCAGCACUUGGUGUUGAGUUAUUUGGGCGCCUAGAAUGCAGCGAAAAGAGACCAUGCCAGGGACUGGGUGAACAUGCACACUUUAGUAACUUUGGCAUGGCAUUUCUCACUCUGUUCCGUGUAGCUACAGGAGACAACUGGAAUGGAAUAAUGAAAGACACAUUACGUGAAGACUGUGACAAUUCAGCUGAUUGUGUCAGAAACUGCUGUGUUUCGACAGUGAUAGCACCCAUCUUCUUUGUUAUAUUUGUUCUUAUGGCACAGUUUGUGCUUGUGAAUGUUGUCGUUGCUGUGCUAAUGAAACAUCUGGAAGAAUCACACAAACAGAUGGAAGAUGAAUUGGACAUGGAAGUGGAGUUAGAACGAGAACUUGCAGCAGAGCAAGAAGAACUCCUGGAGGAAGAGCAGCAAGAGGAACUACAGCGUGUUCUAGAAAUGGAACUUGCAAUGUCACAGCAACAACAGCAGCAGCAGCAACAACAAGAGAUUCAGUUGCAGCAAGCCCAUCCCACUCUCACUAGAGGUCGCUCUCUGCCAGCAGACUUCAUGUUCACAUCUCUUGAUUCUGCAGCAGAAACAGAUGAAAGAGUACGUGGUAUGAAUGAGAGGCGCAGAGAUUCCACUGAGCUUCGCAGCAGACGUGGAGCACAUAAUCGACGCCGGCAGACUUUUCACUCUCAUCAGGGGCCUCUUCUGCCUCCCAGCAUUCCUCCUGCAUAUCCUGCAACUGAAUAUACAGCUGUCUACAAAGCAGCCAGUGACAUCAAUACUGAUACAGUUGAGGAAAAUGCUGAAGAAGAAUCACCAAACUGGCUGCUGCCUCAGGUGAAAGAGAAAGCACCAAUACAAAGAACUGCAAGUGACCCACAUGAGGGGAGUAGAGGUCUGCUGGCAGUGCCUGGCUUGCGACGUAGUGAUCUGGGCAGCACACAACGUCUAGAGCUCCUGGUUGGCACCCAGUCAAGGAGAACUGACUGGGCAGAUCCAGAGUCCGUGACUCCAUCUGAUGAUAUUUCCCCUGACUGUGUAUCUCCAACAGCUACACUAAUACCCCCACCUUAUCGUGCAGCCACAGCGGAACAGUCUACUCUACAAGCCCCUGUUUUAGACAGAACUAUGGCUGCUCCACGGUUUUUAACUCCCUCUUUGACUUUAGUAACAGCUCAUGAUCUAAACAGAAGUGGCAGUAUGACUAGCAGCUUAAGAAGUGAAAACAUUUGUGAAUUAGCAACUGCUAUUCAGUCCCCACCAGCACUGUUAACAGAAAAGGCAGUGCAUACUCACUUUCAGUCCUCAUCAAAAGGUGAACAUGCAGAUGAUAGUCUUUCAAGUGAUGCCUCCAGUUUAGAAUUAACAAAUGUUACACCACUGUUUGUUACACACAGUGAAAUUACGGUAUCAGUUCCAAGUUCUUCAUCCUCAUCACACAGUGGGAGAAAAUCUCCAUCUACCUCCAGACCGGUCAUUGUAGGUGAAGUUACUGACAGAAUCAUUGUAGAUUGUGACAGUGUGGACAGUGAAAAGGACAAUGUUUGUAAAAUAGAUAUAGACACAAGAGAGUGCAAAGCAGAUAAGGAAUGUGAUGAUACGUGUGACCUUUUCCAAGUUUCAUUUGAGGUGGAUGACAGUGCUACCGAACCAAUUUACAGAAGUCUCAUUUCAGAAGACAGUAAAAGUGCUGGACACAGCAGUGAACCAAGAACAAUAUCCAAAUGACUUACGCAGUAAACAUUCUGGUGAAAAACUUAAUUAUGUAUUUAAUACUUUUGUUCAUAAUAAAUUUAGUUCAUAGUUUGUUACUGAAGUUUGAUUAAUUUCUUUUUAAUGGCUAACAGACACAUAUCAUAGUUGAUGUGAGUAAUAACAGUCACAUAGGAUGACAAUAGUAUCUGAGAGAAAAUGGAGGUACAUAGACUAUUCGCUGUUAAAAUUAGGUGAAAUCAGUACCUGUCAUUUCAAAAAGGGAGGUGCAUAAAAAUAGAAACAACAUUAAAUAGAUGUUCUGCUAAGAAAGAGAUUACCAAAUUAAACAGCAAGCAUAUAGUACUCUCUUCUAAAACAUGGUUAUUUUAGUUUAAAAGAGUACUGAAAUAAAAGGAUCCUCAAAUGUUGCAAAAAUGUGUCAUAUCUUUUUAUUUUAACUUUCCGUUUUCUCUAACUUCUAACUAUUAAAACUCUCAUCAUCCAUAAUUAGCACCUCUUUGUAAAUUUCUGACAGUGAGAAACUGCAUAAACAAUACUUGAAAUUUAGUUAAAAUCAGAAAUGUCAGCAGGUUCUGCUACUUCCCAUGUCUGGCACAUUGUGCCUGCAAUGUUUGAAAGAAAUGCUCCAGUACACAGGAACAGACAUGGGAACAUAAUUAGAACCUGUGACACAGGAGCCAAUAUGAUUUUAGUGACACAAGAAUUGUGUCUUCAUUAAGUUUUUCAUAUCUGUGGCAAUGGGGUCUCUUCGUUUCUCUAUAAAAGUGUCAUUAGUAACAUUAUUUUAAUUAUAAAUCAAGAAAAUGACAUUUUUAUCCUAAUUCAUGUUUAAAAAGAUUUUUGUAUGAUCAUUCAAGUUUCAAAAAGAUUUAGUAAUGUUAGUACAUCAAAUUCAAUUUUUGUAAGCAUAAAGUUUUUUAAAAAAGGUUUUGUGUUAUUUAUAUCAAAAGUCUAAUGCUGUUCAGCUAAAAUUAUGUUUCAUUUAUGAAAGGAAAACUGUUCAAAA